AUGGAGAGCAACCAGGAUCGAAUGCCGAUUGCGCACAAUGUCCGAAACGUGCUCAAGUCUUUCCGGACGGUUGCAACAUUGUUCAAGCACGAAAUUGAUUCUCUGGAUUAUCAGGCCGAACACGACUUGUUACUAACCUUGGAGAAUGAAAAUACCCGUUUUGGGAUGUGGGCCGGGAACUUAGCAGCUCAUCAGAGUGGCCCAGCAUCACUCGAUCAUCGGUUGAGAGAGGCACCCCAUAUACGAGAGCAGGUCCUCUAUCUUCUACGCGAUAUAUUAGAAUCCCUAGAGGAUGCAAGGUUAGAGGUUGUACGCAACACCGUGGCGUCCACGCUUCCAGAACAUCUCAAGGGAUCUGGGGUGAUUGAUGAGGACAAUCGAUCUGAUAUGGCCAUGUCUGAGACGUCGUAUGCUACUUCAGCUGGCUAUUUAACGAUGGAAAAUGGAGAGAUGAAGCCGGCUCCUCCACUGAAAGUUCCUCCACGACCACCUGAGGCAGACAGGGGAGUCUUUGAAUGUCCAUUCUGUUACAGGAUGAUAUCAGCAAGUACCCGAGGGGCAUGGAAGCGCCACGUCUUUGGAGACCUCCGCCCGUACACCUGUCUCUUCUCGAGGUGUGCCGAAUCAAAUACAGACUUUGAUCGACGGCAUAGAUGGCAACUCCACGUCUCCCAGUAUCACUGGCGUACAUGGUCUUGUCCAUUUAACUGUGGUAGCACGUUCCAGUCUGGGGUUGAACUCAGGGACCACAUUCGCCAUAAGCACUUGCCAAACGCGAGCGAUGAGCAUCUCAACACAGUUGUGGCUCGCGGCGAGGUAUCUGUCUCCAGUGAUGUCACUCAAGAAUGCCCUCUUUGUAGGCGAGCUAUUUCGGGCUUAAAGUCAUACAUCAAGCAUGUUGGGCGGCAUCUUGAACAGUUGGCUCUGUUUGCUCUUCCUAGCAUCGGAGAUGAGCAGCUGGAGGAUGACGUCGACAGUGGCGAGCAGAACGAUGAAGCAUCCGAGGUGGGCGCCAUUUCGGCCGACCAUGACAGUGAGACUUCUUCCGAAGCUGAAGAUAAUCAAGCAGAAUCAAACAGUCCCAAUACCAUGACUGUCGGACACGACGGUGAAGCCGACGUCACCGCUGGCGAGAUGUCAGGUGGCGAUGCUCCUGUGCCAUCGGCGGCCUCUUCUAUCUCUUCUGGUCGGCAUGAGAUGGAGCCAGACGAGAUUCGAAAACUCGUACAAGACGGAGAUAUCGCCAAGGCCUUAUUGGCCGAAGCUGAGUCCAGGUUCACCAAAGAAUGGGAAGAGACCAGAGAUGUGUCAGAAUCUCUUAAGUGGUUCAAGAACGUACAAAGAGUAACCAAAGCCAUGUUUGAGGAGUCCGCCAAGUCCGCCGAGCAGGCCCCGGUUGGGUUCAAGGAGCAAGAAACACCUCCAACUGAUCCCUCCGAAGAAGCCGGGCCAGCUGCACAAGUUAGUCGGCCGACCUAUACUCGCUUUUCUCGUAGGCAUCUAUCUAUCGAGACAUUGCGAGAGUUCAAUAUUAACUUCGACUUCGACGCGGACCCUGACUACGUCUUGGUCGAGCGGUGGGUGCCCGAGUGGGAACAAGACCAGAUGUGGAAGCAUACUAAACUCAUCCGCGAUAAACGCGCUGAGACUCUACAGGGGGAGUCGGUAUGUCAGACAGGUGAGUCUGACUAUGAACGGGUGCGCGACAGGGGCAGCCGGCAUCCCGAGGCACCACCUCCACUACCUUCUGUCGGCGAUCACCAGCGUAUCCAUAUUAGGGCCAUCAAUCGCGAAAGUGGUACCCCUCCAUCUCCAUCUCCAUUACCUCCACCGUCAAUCCUCCAAGGACCGACCAUUGGGUGA